AUGGAUGCUACCCAUGAAAUUUUUUGCCAUGGCUUGUUACUGCAGAGAAAAGCGAUCCAAAAUAAUAUUUCGGAGCUGGCGGCAAAACAUCCGAACUUGGCGAAUGAUGUGAAAAAAAAAUUUGAAGAUACAAGCUCAGAAUUUAGGAUUGUAUCAGAUGAUUUGCUACAAUAUGUUUGUGGCAAAAGAGCAGAAAUUAUAGAAAGUCGCAGGAGAUUGUAUGAAACACCAAAUGAAAAUGCUGCUAAAAUAUUGAGAGACAUUCCGCCUUCAGGGACCUUUUUGUUUGAUGAGAAUCAAAUUAAGGAGUUGUAUACUCAUCAAGACAAUACUACCCAAUUAAUCUUUAGGUACAAUGAGAGACCACCAUCAUCUUACGAUUAUGAUAACAGAUCGAGUAUUUACCGAGUUCAAAAGAGAUAUUUUGAAAGCACCUCAGAGGGAAAUCUUCAAGAUGAUACUUGGCAAAGAAAAAGAACAUUCAAACCGAAGUCUAAAUAUGACAAGAAACAGAAUAUUCCUAGCACAUACACGAACAGUGGAAUGUCUAAUACCGACAAAAAAGCUAGAAAUCAUCGUGUUUGA